AUGGCCUCGUCGCCUCUCCUGCUCCUGCUGCUGCUGCUGCUGCUGCCGCCGGAGGUCCCCGCCGCAACGCGGUGGCCCUCGCUGGAAGCGCUCCCCGAGGGGGCGGCCCCCUGCCAGGUCGGUGAGCUGUGCCUGCAGGCAUCGCCCCAGAAGCCUGAUGUUCCCCUGGUCAACGUGAGCCUCUACUAUGAGGCGCUGUGCCCCGGCUGCCGGGAAUUCCUGAUCCGAGAGCUCUUCCCGACGUGGCUGAUGGUGUGGGAAAUCCUCAACGUCACCUUGGUGCCCUAUGGGAAUGCUCAGGAAAGAAAUGUCAGCGGCAAGUGGGAGUUCACGUGCCAGCAUGGUGAGCGGGAGUGCAUGCUUAACAAAGUGGAGGCCUGCCUGCUGGACCAGCUGGAGCAGAAAAUGGCCUUCCUGACCAUUGUCUGCCUAGAGGAAAUGAAUGACAUGGAGCAAAAUCUGAAGCCGUGCCUGCAGAUCUAUGCUCCAAAGGUGUCCCCGGAUUCCAUCAUGGAGUGUGCUAGGGGGAACCGCGGCAUGCAGCUCUUGCACUUCAACGCUCAGCUCACGGACGCUCUGCGGCCACCCCACAAAUACGUGCCCUGGGUCGUCGUCAAUGGGGAACACAUGGAAGACGAGGAACAUCUCCUACACCUUGUCUGCCGGUUGUACCAGGGCCAGAAGCCAGAUGUCUGCCAACUCACAGCUGACCUGUCCAAGGAAGUCCACUUGAAGUGACUGACAACCAGUGUCCUGGGAGGGAGCUGGUACAAGAAGAACGAAAUCAUACCUGUCCUUGUUUUUGAUCCCUGACUCAGCAAAGCCACUACUUCUACUGAUUCUACGAAGCCCAGACUCAAAAUUCUGCCCCAGGAUCAAGAAUCUUGCCUUACUGUGAAUGGUGCUACAUCAAAACUCACUUAAUAAACACUUUUGGAUUUUGUGA